GCGCUGCUCAGCCCCGCCCCGCCCUGCCCUGCCGGCCGGCUGCACCGACCUCUCGGCCCCGCGGGCUCCCAGCCUGCACCCCGCGCGGGGCCGGGCCGGGCCGCGUAGGAACCUUGGUGCGGCGGAACCGAGAGGCCGCGGCGGCCGUUUCCUGCCCGGGCCGCGAUUGGGAGCGGGCGGCGGCGGCGGGGCCGGGCGGGGACGGGCCGCCAUGGCGGACGGGCCGGCGGAGUUGGAGCUCUUCCGCCGCCGCUGGCGGGAGGAGCUGGCCGGGGCGAAGCGGCGGCGGAGGCAGCCGGAGCCGGAGCCGGAGCCGGGCGGGGAAGGGCCGGGCGAGAGCGGGGGCGUCGCGCUGGCCUGGAGCCUGCUGGACGGGCGGCCCCGGAGCCGCCGCCCGCGCCCGGCCCGGCCCCGGGCUGGCCCCGGCAAAGAGGCCCCGGCCCCCGCUCCGGCGCCCGGCCCCGCCGAGGACGACCUGCUGGGGCAGCUCAUCCGAGACCUGAAUGAAAUAAAUGAGAUUCCUUUCUUUGAUGUCCAGCUGCCUUAUGAACUAGCAUUAAAAAUAUUUCAGUACUUGGGUAGAAUUGAGCUGGGAAAAUGUGCUCAGGUGAGCAGAACCUGGAAGGUGCUUGCAGAAGAUGAAGUGCUGUGGUAUAGGUUGUGCCAACAGGAAGGAUACCUGCUUGAUAACAGUAUCUCUGAUGGUUCCUGCUGGAAGCUUGCUCUUAAAGAUUGUCGGGCCAAAGAACACACUUUAAGAACAAACUGGAAGAACCGUGUUGGAGCUGUGAGCCAGCUGCAGUAUGAAUUGGGCAAAAUUCUGUGCAGUGUACAUUCUUGUGAUGGAGUUGUAAUUUCAGGAUAUACAUCAGGGGAUGUGAGGUUGUGGGACACUCGCACCUGGGACUACACAGCCCCCAUCCUGGAAUCAAUGCAUGGCGCUGCUGAACCUGGACCACAGCCACAUGUCUCCUUUGUGAGGAUAAACAGCUCUCUGGCUGUAGCAGCUUAUGAGGAUGGGACUAUUAAUGUUUGGAGCCUGAUGAUAGGGCGUGAGCCUAUCCAUCGUUACCAGCACAAUCAAAAGUUACAGGCUUUGGCCCUUGGCUUGGAAGGAGCAGCCAUAGCUUCUGCAUCUGGUUUCCAGGUCAAGGUGGAAAGCUCUGAUGACAGGGGAUACUGGCAAACCACUGCAGAGUUUGAAAUCCAGAAAUUGGUCAACUUCCUCCAGCUGGUUCCAGGUGUUAUUGGGAGCCCAGUGACUUUAGCAGCUGCUGAAGAUGUUGUCUAUCUCCUGAAAGCAGAACAGCCAGGAAAAAUUCUUCAUUCGGUGUAUGGUCAGCCUGUCACGUGUCUCGAUGUGUCUGCCAAUGAGGCAGCCUUUGGAGUCAAAGGCUUUGGCUGGUUGUUAAAUGAGACCAACAAGAUACUUCUCUACAACCUGGAAACGGGUCAGUGUGUAACACAGCUAGGCAGCUCCUUGGGUGAUUUCACAUGUGUCAACCUGCAGGAUAGCCCUCCAUACAUGCUUGUCACUGGCAACAAAGAUAGGAGGGUCAGGGUAUACGACCUCCGCCAAAGCCAGUCCUUGUGCUCCCUCUAUGCUCACCACUUAGGAGUGUCUGCAGUGCAGAUGGACGACUGGAAGAUUGUUAGCGGAGGAGAGGAAGGCCUAGUCUGUGUGUGGGACCAACGGAUGGGCACCAAGCUAUGGGAGAUUCACGCCAGGCACCCAGUCCGCUAUAUUUGGUUCAACUCUCACAGUCUCAUCACAGCAAACAUCCCAGAUGAGAAGAACCCCCGAGGUGCCAGCAUCAUGGAUGAUGACCUGACAGCUCACCGCAGGCAUCGUGGAAUCAUCUAUGCGUAUGAAUUUUCAGUGGACCAGUUGGCAGUAGAAAGCGUCCUUCCUAUCUGCCGCUCUUCCUAUGAUGAAGCAAUUGGUUACAACUACAACAUUGGCCUUUCAGUCCCUUAUGACAACAUUUAGGUAACCUUGGAAUGGUUCCUCUUUGUCUGUGGUCCAGUUCACAUGGAACAGAAAAGGAAUAAUUGGAGUCGCAGGGAGCGAUUUACAGAGGCCUGCAUCGACUUAAGGUAUAUUUAUUGGGCUGGGCUCAUGCUGAAAACUGGAGGCACAUGCAGGAGUUGAAUGAUAUGCCCCAAAACAUAUUAUUAAAAUAUGUUGCUAUGCAAAUAACCCAGAAUGGCCUUUGGAGCCUUUGCUAUGGAUGACAGAGAUUGAAGAUUGAAUGAGACAGAAUAAUAGUCCAUUUCCACAGCAUGUGGGAAGACAGUGCACCAUGGUGUGGGGAAACAAGAACCUGGAGUGGUAAAGAGAAAGAGAACUGAUGUGUUGAAGACAGGAAAAGGAGCACACAGAGAAGCCCAAGCCCCUGUCAGUGUUCAGCCAUUCUGAGAGGAACUGAAAGCUAAAACUAGGAAAGGUCUGCUGGUGAGGCAUAUACUUGGGAUCUCUUCCCUGUGACCAGCUGCCAGCUCUGGCUACCAUGCAUGCCUUGGGGCACAUCCAGCAGCCCAUCCCAGAACGAGGCACACUGGGCUGUGUGGAGGGGGUAGCUUGGCUGGAAGACGUGGACGCUAAGGGGAGUCAUGAACCUCGAUUGUUUUUUAAAUAAAUAUUUAAAUACAUUUUUUUUUAAA